AUGAAGAAAAUUUUAAUCUUAUCAAUAAUUUUAAAUUUACUAUUAUAAUAGACAUUCACUUAAAAAUACAUAUAAUCUAGUUCUUCUUAGUCUGGUUUAAUAGAAUUCGCUCAUUACUAUGGUACUACUUAUUGUGAUUAAGUUGACUAAACUGCUUAUUUAUCCAAUAACUUUUCUUAAUAAUUCAAUAGUGUUCCUUAAAUUUUUGUUGGAAUUAUCUUCUUUGAUUUAGAUACAACUACUUUAAGAAAUGCCUUCCGUUUUACAGUAAAGAGUGUUGAUUAAAAUCAAGUCUCUAUUUAAUUAAAUAAAUAUGGACUAACAUGUAUAUUUGGAAUCUAAAUAUAAUACUUUGCAAUAGUAGAUCAAGAUGUUUAAAUAUAAAAUUAUAUUCUUACGUUUAAUUAGCUCUCUGAUAUUUAAACAUAAACCAAUAAGUAAUAUUAAUUUAAAAUUCCAUAGAAAUUAGGCUAUUAAAGAGGAGUUUAAUGUGCAAUAACAGGAUUUGACUCAACUUACUAAACUCCACCAGAUAUUGAUGUUUCUUAUUCACAUCGAAACUUAUCUACAACAACAUAAGUUGAUUCAUCAAACAACUUUUACUAAAUAUAAAUACAAGCUGUUGAUUUAUCAGUAAAUCUUAAAAUAAUUUAUAUAAAUUGCAUAGAAUAUUAUAUCGGGUAAGCAGGAGAUUACUCAAUGAUAAAUAACAUUUAAUAAGUGUAAACAACAUAAUAAAUCACUACAAAUUAAAAUUUUUAAAUAAAUCUUGAUUCUUCUUUUACAGGAAAUACAAUCACAUCAUAUUUAGGACUCUAAUAAUUUGACAUGUCUUAAAAAUAUGCUUUAAGAUUUGAAUAUCAAAACUUUAAUUUUUAAAGUAAUUAAUAAUCAUUUUAAGUAAAAACAUGGGGUACAAGUAUUUUAUAUUCUUCAACAGCUCUAUUCUUUUAACAUUAAAUGAUAGACUGCUUUUCUAGCUUAAGUUUAAUAAAUUCAAAUGAUUUAAAAUAAUGUGUUUCAAAGUGUUAAGAUGGUUAAUAUGCAGCUAACUUUUAAACUACUUAAGUGUGUUCUCCUUGCAAUCCAGUUUGUAAAACUUGCUCAAGUUUAAAUGUAUGUACUUCUUGCUAAUCAAAUUAAUUUGUAGAUCCCUCUACUUAGUCCUGUAGCAGCUGUGAUACAAACUGCUUAACUUGUUAAAAUUCUUCUACAUAAUGCUUAAGUUGUCCUUAAGGUUUGUUUCUUUACAAUUAAAAGUGUUAUUCAAUUCAACCAUAAGGCACUUAUUGCGAUCAAAAUAAAAUAUGCUAAGAUUGUUAAAGAUCUUACUAAUGCAAUUUUUGUGAUAAUACAUUAUAAAUUUGCAUUAGUUGUAUUAAUUAAAGUUUAUAUUUUUUAAAUGGAGUUUGUUCUAAUAUAUAGCCACCAAACACAUACUGCAAUUUAUAAAAGAUAUGCCAAAAAUGUCCAGACUCAUGUAAUGGAUGCGAUUUAAAUUUAAAUUGUACAUAGUGUGCAAAUCCAUAAAAUUACUUUUAUUUUGGAAAGUGUCUUUAGUAAUAACCUUAAAAUACCUAUUGUAGUGUAAAUUUUGGUAUUUAAAAAUUUUGCUAAAACUGUCAUCCUGCUUGUAGUUAAUGUUUCGGAUAAUAAUUAGAUCAAUGUUCGGUUUGUUAGUAGGGAUAUUAAUUAGUUGGUUCAUCUUGUCUUUGUUAACAAGGAUAUGGUUAUAGUACUGUUUCUUAAUAAUGUGAAGCUUGCUAAGUUAGUGGAUGUAUUCAAUGUAGUUUGAGUUUAAACUAGUGUGAAGUAUGUUAAGAGUAAUUUUUAUUAGACUAAACAACAGGUAAAUGUUACUGCUCAAACCCUUAAUAGUAUUAUUCAACUGAAUUAUAAUAAUGCUUUUAAAAUAAUAUUCAUUUCUGUAAAGUCUCAUCCAAGUUUUAAAAUACUUGUGAAUAAUGUCUAGAUGGAUAUUACAAUUUUAAUAAAUUGCUUUGUAGCUAUUGUGGAAAAUCGAAAUAUACAGACUCCCAAAAUUAAUGUAAUAAUGACUGCUAACCUUAAUGUAUAAUAUGCUCAAAUAAAUCAACAUGCCUUCUCUUUUAAGAUGAAGUAAAUUCUAAUACUAAUGGAAAUUUGCCAAUCAAUCCAAACUAAAAUAUUUGCCAUUAUAGCUGUGGUUUGUGCAAUGGAAGUGAGCAAUCUAAUUGUCUAACUUGUAGCUCAUAAACAAGAAUUUAUGAUAUCUAAUAGCAAACAUGUAAUUGUAAAAGUGGUAGAUUAGAUAAUGGAGAUGCUGAAUGUUAGGCAGCUUUUGAUUUUUAAUAAAACUAUCUUUGGAUAUUAUAAACUAUCUUUUUAUGA